AUAAACUUUCCUCAUAACUUCGCUGCUAUGAGGAAAUUAACAACGUUACGGUCACGUUGCAAAAAUGGGUUUAAUCGUUUAAAAGUAAACUUGCAAGAUGUUCGGGAUGAACGCACCGAAAUCAUGCCGCACGUACGGGAGGAAAAAAAUCCGACUCUCGGUGCCCAACAACUCUGACACGGGGAUCUUCAACAGCUCCCCUGUGCCUGCCGACGAAGUGUUUUCCACAGUGAAUAAUAAUAGGAGCCUCACACCGAUACACGAGGACCAAACCCUUCAGUCAUUUAAACCCGCUCCACAUAUAAGCACCUCUAUAAGGAGCAGGUCUUCACUGCAAGAAACCAACACAAAGACAACUGAUUCGGCCAGAGACGUGGAAACUGUGGAAAGCGAGGAAACGUACCUAAGCUCGUAUAUGACGCUGCCGUCUGGGGUCUCCACCUUCUUAAACCAGCUGCAAAGUGACAUGAUGAUAAGCUCCUCCCUGUCCACGGACGAUACACUGCAAAGGGAGGACAACGCCUCAGAUUUAGACUGCACCAUCACAGAAACAAUGCGGAAAGAAGGGCAUGCCACACAUUAUGCGGAUGUGGAGGACAUUGUAGAGACAGAGGUCCUAGGCGAACCUGAAGCGGACCAAAUUGGUGUGAGCACAGCAGACUUCAACUUUAUACAGUCUACAAUGAUCAACAGCAGCUGUCCACUGGGCACCAUCAACAUGGGCCUGCCUGAGGAUAUUUCAGAAAUCUAUGAUUCUAGGAUCGGAAAGAAAAAACGCUCCACUUGUGUGAAAAAGACAAGUCUCAGCAAGGAAAGAUCUUUGACUAGGACCAAGGCAACACUGAAUGAAUCGUCUGCACAUAUUUCAACAUCUUUUUCAGGGAAAAAAGUUUACAGACUGGGAAACCUGAACGUGUCGUCGAGUGUCUUGGUGAAAAAAACUCUGAAAUCUGCUCUGACAAAUCCAAACAACGAAGCCACUCGACACACACCUAAGCCGACGUGCAGUGAAGCGCUAGAAGAAAUGAGCAAAUCCAAAUCUUCUGUCAUCGCCAAGCACGUUUCGUUCAGACAGCCCAUAGACUGCACCUUUCCGACUAACGAGGUCACAUCCCAGUCCUUGCAGGCAUCGCACACAAUCAAAUAUUUUCAGACAAAGACCAGCACACCUCAAAAGAUGACCAACACUUUAGCUCUGGACUUGUCGCCUGUGGCCCAGGAGAGCUUGAGUCAACUGGAGCCUAAUCAGACUUGGGGCAUUGUCAACUCGCAAGAAAUUGCGCCCGACUCGCCCUCCACCAGCUCGAGCGGUAUUGGGCAAGAGCUUGUCAUGCAUGCUCCGAGCUCUCAAGAGCUGUGCUGCAUCGUGAGCCAGACGUUUGUAACAAAGAAGAUGGGCCAACUCAAGCGUUUCCAUGCACAUGGUGGUCCAGGUGAUGUAGGUAGCAUACCCCGAGAUAUUCUUUCGGAGAACUGAAAGCUGAAGAGUGACUGUAGUGUGCAAAUAUUAAUGCACUUAAGGUUAGGUAACUGCACGAUUGGUGAGCCUUGUAUUUAAAAUAUUUUGUUGCACUUUAAGAAUAGGAAUAAUAUAUAAAAAGUCUUCAAGAAUUUAAAGGUUAAACUGCAAAGAAUGAAAGAUGCAAAUUCACCAUGCAGACAAACCCCUAAAUGAAAUUGUACCGUAUUUAAAUAAGCAAACCAUAUCAUAUGGUUUGUCUGGCAAUAAAAAGUCAA